AUCCAACAGCUCAGGAUCGAGCGGAUCCGGCAGGCACAGGACGAGGAGGCGUGGAUCCACAGUUUGAAGAAGUAUCUGGUUGGCGAAAUACGCGAUCUGACACAGGAAGAAGCCAGAUCUUGCGGAUCCAUCGCUAUGAAUUAUGAAGUGGAUCAACAUGAUCUCCUGUUCUACUGUCCCACUACGAAGGGAUCAGCUGCGGAUCGGGACAAAUUGAUGCGACUAGUGUUACCUGAAACGCUGCACCAAGAUGUUCUACACAUUACCAUACCAGUCUACAAGGUGGACAUCAGGGGAUCGGCCGCACCUACGACCGGAUCCGGGAUCAUUUUCACUGGAGAGGAUUGUACCGAAGUGUGA